CAAAUCGCUCCCACAAAAGCGAAGGAUCUAGUGCGACCAACCGGCUGAGCAAACGCGAAGAUUUGUAUCUUUAUCACUAUCUGACAUUCAGCACCCGCUAAGUCAUCAAGGAUGGCGAAUGGGGCUCCGUCUUAGACCCGACUGGACCAGCUAUUCCGAUGACUACCCUGAAGGCUAUAAGAAGAAUGUUUCUGGGCUCCUUCAGACAUACAUCAGCCAGAUGGACAGCGUCAAGUUGCGCGCAGGUCUCCAAAGUGUGCUCCAUCUUUCGGCGCUUGACAAGAAGCUUCUCCAGGACAACAAACUUGACAACAAAUGGUUCAUCGAGGAGCCUGAGCGCUGCGCAGCCGUGGUAGGCUUAGCUCUUAACCACAUCUACCUUCUCGCCAACGUCAUCGAACCAUACAUGCCUGCCACAGCCCGCGGUGGCGUUGACACCAAAGGCGAGUCGACUUUUGGCAUCUUCCAACAGCUUGGCGUCGAGCCUGUACCACACAUUCCCGACGAGUGGGAGACCAACAUGAUCAUCCUGCCCGGCCACAGGAUUGGUAGACCGUCUUAUCUGUUGGCCGGAUCGAUAAUGCGGAGGAGCACGAGUGGAGGGAGCAGUUCGGCGGCUAGGAGACCAAGAGGCCGAAGCAACUUGACGCGGAGAAAAAAGCGGCCAAAAAGGCGGCCAAAGGGAAGGAAAGCAAGGCCAGGGAAGGUGCGCAAGCUGCUGCGGCCGUCAUUGGUGUUGAAGCGGCCGAGAAAAUGGAUAAACUUACACUUUGAACCCUUCAGAAUCAUUUCGGAGUACUAUUAGAAGCCCGUGUUCAGUAGAGAAGCAAUACACAUUUAUUUAGCUGGCUGAGGUGUUGCUGUGACCCUUA